AUGUCGGUGGUAGGCUUCGAUUUCGGUAAUGUAAGCAGUUUCAUAGCGGUGGCCCGUCAAGGAGGCAUCGAAACGAUCACCAAUGACUACUCCCUGCACGCUACACCAUCAUGCGUAGCAUUUACUCCACGUGGUCGCGUAAUGGGUGUUGCUGCAAAGCAGCAACUGAACACGAACCUCAGAAACACCGUGAUCAAUUUCAAACAUCUUUUGGGCCGAAAAUUUAGCGACCCCAUCGCGCAGAACUUCCGACAGUACAUACCAUGUGAAAUGGUGCAACUUCCGGAGGAUAAUAUUGGAUUAAAGGUGGAAUAUUUUGGGGAGCAGCAGGUUUUCUCGCCGGAACAGCUGGUUGCGAUAUUCCUGGUAAAGCUGAAAGAGAUCACCGAGAACAGCAGUCAUGGGAUUAGGUGCGUCAGCGAUUGUGUUGUUUCGGUGCCAUUUUACUUCGCGGACGUCCAGCGGCGCGCCCUUCUACGUGGCAUACGAAUAGCCGGUCUGAACUGUCUGCAAAUUGUCAACGAAACUACGGCUGUAGCUUUAGCUUAUGGCAUUUAUAAACAGGAUUUGCCGCUGGAAAAUGAGCCCGCUCGGAUUGUUGCAUUCGUUGAUGUUGGCCAUUCGGCUGCGCAGGCCGCACUGGUUGCUUUCAACAAGGGCAAAUUAACUGUGCUUGGCACAACAUAUGACCUGGGUGUCGGUGGUUUGGCAUUCGAUGCGCUUUUACGGGAUCAUUUCACCGAAUUAUUCAAGCAAAAAUACAAGGUUUUGAAUUUCGUUUGA